AUGGGAAUUCCCCCUACUCAAAUGCGCAUGUUCGAAAUUCUGUUGAUGUCAGCAUUAUUUGCGAAUUUCCCCAUUCUCAAUAUAAAUAUAUUCUCAAUAUUGGCAAUGACAACCACCAAAUUAGAAGAACUUCUUAGCUAUGUUGCACCUGUUAUAAUGAAAUCCUCGAUGAGACGGGAAGCAAUAACUCCAAGUGAGAGAUUAUGUGUUACCUUACGCUACUUAGUCAUUGGAGAUGCCCAAAGCACCAUAGCUGAUAGUUAUAGAACGGGAAAAACAUCAAAGAAUGAGUUGAAAUCCAAGUGGAACUUUGGAAAUUGCCUUGGAGCCAUCGACGGAAAGCAUGUUGUCAUGCAAGCUCCCGCACGUUCAGGAUUGUACUACUAUAAUUACAAAAAGACUCUAGUAUUGUAA